AUGGCAGCUAUUACUACUACUCUUAGCACUCCGAUUAUAUACACAACUUCAAUAGACGGUACUGAGACUGUGACUUCGAUAAGUAUCAUCGAGUUCACCGUUUCGCCCACUGGAACCCAAAAUCUCACUACAAUAUCGACAACAGCACCGUCGACAACAACGGUUCACGAAACAGCCAUUGUGACUGCCCCCCCACCACCGCCUGGCAAUAAUUGUCCUUCGACGACUGGUCCUAUUGCCGGUGCCGCAGUCGGAUGCCUGAUUGGCGGAGCUCUCAUCGCUGCUCUGUUAACAUUCUUCAUCAUGAGCUCUCGAAAUCGAAGCCGACGACACAAAAGAUCUAGCCGCUGGGAAAAGGUAGCUUGUGCGAAUGAACCGAAAGAGAGCCCACCCGAUACAAGUGUCGGAGCAUGGGAAAAGCACCUGCCGCAACCCGAAGCUGACAGUGAUCUUCGUUCAGCCGUCUCUGGUUUGUUUGACCAGAUUGAAAUGCACGUCGAACAAUACUACCAGGAUAUUGCCGUCAAGAUCGACCCGUUGGUUCACUCAAACAUUGCACACUUUGACUCACACCUUCACCAAGCUGCGAUAUUGGAUUUGCUGGCAACCACGCGCCGUCCGACGAUGCUCAUCAAGCACGCCAUUGCUUACUUCAUUGUCUCCAGCAUCUCGGCGGAGAGUAAUUCGGCCAUCUCUUUCCUGCCCGCAGAUUUCACCGCCUUACCCCAAUCAAUACAAAGUGCAACCGCUACGAAGAAUAAUUCCAUGGUCUUCGAUGCUGCGUACUGUAAAUGGCGUGUAUUGACUGCCUACCUGCAUCCGCAGCCAGAAAAUGAUCGAGCCUACACAGCGGCUCGAGAUAUGGCGAUUGCGAAUGCAGCAGAGAACCUUUGCCACGCGUUCUCUCCAUGGGCUCGCGACAGAGAAGGAACUCGCCGCGGUAAUCUCGUCAGCAUCAUGAAAGUUGCAGCUGAGGUUGGUGUGACCAUGUUCUCCCAGCCGUCAACCUUGGUCUGGGACUGGCGUCUCUCGCGCCAUGGGGAGCAGGGUCAUCGUGGGAUGCGGCUCGUGUUACGUCCUGGACUAAUCAGGACGACUUCUGCCGAGGCCCGGCCCCUGGAAACGCCACAAGUGAUAGUCCCACCAGUAGCGCGCGACUUGGAGGUGAAGUAA